GGAAGAUAUAGCUAGCGUAGCAUUUCGGAGGCAACAGCAAAAAGGGAACUGGAUAUUGUUGCAUACAGCUAACAUUUACGUGCCAACAUUACAUUAUAUCAUAGCUAAAGACAUUUGUUGUAAAUAUAGGUGUAUUUGUGUUUAUACAUUUAGUGUACGAUGUCUACUCCGGCAAGAAGGCGAUUGAUGAGAGAUUUUAAACGGUUACAAGAGGAUCCUCCGGCUGGCGUAAGUGGUGCCCCUUCUGAAAACAACAUUAUGGUGUGGAAUGCAGUUAUAUUCGGGCCUGAAGGGACCCCUUUUGAAGAUGGGACAUUUAAGCUCACUGUUGAAUUCACAGAAGAAUACCCCAACAAACCCCCCACAGUGCGAUUUGUGUCGAAGAUGUUUCAUCCAAAUGUGUAUGCAGAUGGGAGUAUAUGUCUGGACAUUCUACAGAAUCGUUGGAGUCCAACCUAUGAUGUGUCAUCCAUUCUAACCUCUAUCCAGUCCCUGCUAGAUGAACCAAACCCCAACAGUCCAGCCAACAGUCAGGCAGCCCAGCUAUACCAGGAAAACAAGAGGGAGUACGAGAAGCGUGUUUCGGCCAUCGUAGAACAGAGCUGGCGUGACAGUUGACCUCUCUGUCUCCCUUCAGCUCCCCACUUCCCAUCGCUGAGCUGUGUGAUGCAACUUCCUUUUCGAUUUUAAGCUUUUAUGCACUUUACUUCUCCCUUCCCUUAUAGAACUUUUUAGACACGCUUGGAGUGGAUUUUAUUUCACAAUGGUUUUUAUUUUAUCCCCUCCCGUUUUGGCCUGUCAGGGGACCUUGUGUGCUAAAUCUUGCCUUUGUCACCACUCUUUAGAAUUGAAAUACUUGGACGUCAGUUACCUUGCCUUCUCCUUUUCUCCCCUUGCUGAAAAUAAAUGAAUUGGACUGAUGUGUAAUGUUUGGAAGAAAUAUCAAUUACUCAUGAUAACCUGCUUGUAGGUCCUUUUUUGGUGUGUCCCCUUUACCCUUUGUCAUAAGCUAAUUUCACAAAGCGGCAUCUGGGGGCUAUCAAGAUUACUCCCCUUUUUUUCUUUCCCAGGAAAAUUGAUGUUGAUCCUAAACAACCUUAUUCAGAACCAGACCCACAUGCUAACCCAUGUCUCUGCUGUGUUGUGCUCUGUUACAUGCAUGACAGCGUGCGUGUUCUCUGUUCAGUACUUUUAUGUAUAUAGGAAAACAUCUGGAUUUAUGUACAGAUUUUGCACUGGUUGUCCACUAUGUUGUUUUUUUCAGCACUUGUAAAUAAAAGGCAAAACUACCU